GCAAUUGCUUGCACCCAAAGCUUUCGCUCGAAAUUUUGGCGGCACAAUCGUAGCUUCACCUCCCAAGCAUCGCACCGAGCCAGCCAUCACACCUCUGCCCUGCGCUCGCUCGAGGCGCGCUCUCUCCUCCAAAGACGUUCGCCUGUUCGAGCAUCUUCAUCGCGCCGUCCUUGCCUCGACGAAGCUGCUGCCCGCAAACCUCCAGCGCCUGCGAAGAUGAACGGCUUCGCGCCUCCUUUCGCUCAGCCGGCACCGGUCUGGCAAGAGCACAAAACGCCCGAGGGCCGAGCCUACUAUUACAAUUCUGUUACCAAGGCCACGCAAUGGACCAAGCCAGAGGAGCUGAUGACCCCGGCCGAGCGCGCUCUUCUGAACCAGCCAUGGAAAGAGUACACCGCGGAGGGCGGUCGCAAGUACUGGUACAAUACCGAGACGCAGCAGAGCUCUUGGGAAAUGCCCGAGGCAUUCAGAAAGGCUCUGGGAUCGACUGGUGGGCCGAGCAACCCCGUUCCCCAGACUACUCCUACUCCAUACACGCAGAGUGGCGGUUAUCCAGCUGCAGGACAUGACUAUCCGCGCGAACCCCGCGACUCCCGCGACGCUCGCGAUGCCCGUGACUCUCGUGAUCGAGAACCCUACCCCGAAUCUCGCCGAUUGACCUACGGCGAUGACUCCAAGUCACAGCAGCAAGCCUUCGUCCCCGCUACGAAUGAUCCAGAGUAUGCAACUCCCGAAGAGGCCGAGGCGGCGUUCGUCAAGCUGCUUAAGAGAAGCGGCGUUCAGCCAGACUGGACCUGGGAGCAAACCAUUCGUGCCACCGCCAGGGACCCGCAGUUCCGCGCCAUUAGGGAUCCGAAAGACAGAGAGGAAGCCUUCAAGAAGUACUGCCAGGACGUGCGACUCCAAGACGCGGAGCGUGCCAAAGAGAGGAAGGCAAAGCUAGCAGUUGACUGGGAAACGAUGUGCAAGCGACACCCUGAAAUCACCCACAAGACUCGAUGGAAGACGGCCAGGCCUAUGAUUGAGGGAGAGACCAUUUUCCGUUCCACUAACGAUGAGGAGGAGCGCCGACAGCUCUUCGAGGAGUAUGUCAUCAAACUCAAAAAGGCUCACAAAGAACAGCAGGCCAGCCAGAAGAAGAGUGCCAUGGAUGGCCUUAUCGACCUGCUUCCGAAGCUCAACCUCGAGCCAUACACGCGCUGGGCGGAUGCCAGAGAAAUCAUCUCCUCCACCCCUGCUCUUCAAGAACAGGAAAAGUAUAGAACCCUCAGUCAGUUUGACAUCCUGACUGCCUUCCAAAAUCACAUGAAAGGUUUGGAGCGCGCCUUCAUUGAGUCUAAGCAGGAGGAGAAGAGCCGAAAGUUCCGCAAGGAGCGCAAGGCGAGAGAUGCUUUCAAGGAGCUGCUCGAGUCAUUCCGCAAAGAAGGCAAAAUCAAUGCUGGCACCAAAUGGAGCCAGAUUGUCCCUCUUAUCAAGAGCGACGAACGCUACCUGACCAUGGUGGGCCAGCUCGGUUCGAGUCCUCAAGAACUAUUUUGGGAUGUGAUUGAAGAGGAAGAGAGGUCGCUCCGCGGCCCUCGAAACGACGUGAUCGACGUCCUCGAAGAUAAGCGGUUUGAACUCACCCCAAGUAGUGAUCUUGAGGAAUUUCUGUCCGUCAUGAAAGAUGAUCACCGUACGGCUAACAUUGAUCGUGACACGCUCAAACUUAUCUUCAACCGCCUGCGUGAGAAGCGAGCCUCCAAGCGCGAAGACGACAGACAGCCCGACCGACAGCAGCGUCGGGCCAUCGACGAUCUUCGUGCGUACAUUAAGCGUUUAGAGCCGCCGGUCACGCUGAGCGAUACAUAUGACAAGGUACGACCUAGACUACUGAAAUCAGACGAGUUCCAGGCCGUCGCUUCGGAAGACUUCCGUCGAAGUGCCUUUGAGAAACAUCUCCGCAGAUUACGCGAGAAGGAUGAAGCAGACCGUACCUACCGACGUCACGAACGGCCCUCCAUCGAGAGAGACGUGCCGAGACGCGACAGGGAUCGAUCUCGUGGUGAGCGUUCACAUCGCGGUAGCGGCCGUGGUGGUAGGCGCAGCCGUAGCCCUGAGCCCGAUGCAUACGAGGCAGACAGGCGAAAGGCGAUAGCUGAGCGCGAGCGUAACCAUCGCAAGUCGACCAUGGCAGAGAACCUUCUAGCAACUGACCGUGGUCGUCUUUCGCCGCCGCCGCCACGCCGCGAGCGCGAUCGUGAACGCGACCGAGAUCGAGACCUGGACCGUGCCCCUCGCUCCAGGCGCGAUGACGAUGCCUUCUAUGACCGCGAGCGCAGGGAUCGGGAAGACGAUCGAGAGAGGCUCUACCGCCGCCGCGCUGAUCGAAGUUCGUACGAUGAGCUCCCGUAUGGCGAUGAGCGUCCGGCGGCUCCGCGCCGUCGUCGUCCCGAAGAGGAAGACGACUAUGCUCGCCAAGAUUCGCGAGAUUCAAAGAGACUCAGAAGAGACCGAUCACGUGAGCGUACCCCCCCUCGUGAAGGACGUCAACCACCACGCAACAGAACACCAGAGCCAGCCAAGGAUGUCCGCAGCGGUAGCGAAGAGGGCGAAAUUGAGGAGUAGUCGACCCCAGCCUCACACUUUCCACUGUCUGGCGAGUAAGCUUAUGUUUCUUUUGCCCAAAUUUGUCAAACCCCACUGGAUCGUAAAAGAUCAAGGACCCAAGGACCAAGGCCACAACAGCCAGGGGCAUAAGGGAAGAAGAGAAAAAAACAUCGGGAAGGGAGAACAAGAUCAAGGAAAAUGGUGUAGCUUUUUUUCACGCGUAUGACUCUUUUCUGGACGUCGUAGUCAGUCAGGACAGGCUUCUGUUUCACGAGGAUAGCUUCGU